AUGAAUAACAGUUCCGAUUUUAUUAAUUGGUCUGAGCCCCAUUGCUCUAAAGAUGCCCUCACAGAUACGUAUGGCUGGGUUAUGCAGUUUCUUCUUGCUGUCUUAGCAUUUACUUGUUUAAUAGGUAAAAGGUUUUGCGAACCCCGUUACGCGCGGAGACCUUGGCUCAUUUGGUUUUAUGACACAUCAAAGCAGGGUCUAGGUGCUCUUAUAAUACACGCAGCUAAUGUUUGGCUCUCACCACACAUGACUGGCAACCCUUGUACAUGGUACAUAGUCAACUUCAUGUUGGACUCUACACUGGGUCUGCUUAUAAUAUGGGCUGGCAUCAGACUAGCACAGUAUUGUGCUAGAGUUUAUGAUAUACCACUUAUUAAUUUUGGUGAAUAUGGUAAGCCUCCAAUGUGCGCGGCGUGGAUUUGCCAGUGCGUGCUAUACGCCGCACUAGCGACGUUCGCCAAAUCAGUGUUGGCGCUAGUGUUGCGCCUACCUCCCAUAGUCGCCGUGCUAUCCACACUGAAAUUAUCACCCGUGUCCGACCCGAGACUCGAACUCGCAGUUGUGAUGCUCAUCAUACCAUUUUUUAUUAAUAUUUUGAUAUUCUGGGUGACAGAUAACUUUUUAAUGUAUCGGCCAAGAGGAGUAAGCUCCAAAAUAAAGACUAAGGUACGGUACCAGUCAAUAAAGAAAGAGAAGUCAGGAUCUGAAGACGAGGAGCAGUCAGCAGACGAACGGCUGCUGGGAGCGAGCGUAUGA